AUGCUCCCGGGACUCGUCACCGACGCCGGCGAGCGCCUCAAGGGCGCCACCGGCAUGUCGUACGCUUCAAUGGCUCUGGCCGCGGGCACGGCAUAUCUCGGCUACAAGAUCGUCGGAAGCAUCGUCUCGGGCCCGGACAUGGGCCCCGCCGACCUGCCUGAGGCCAACUUUGCGACGUGGUUGCGCGUCAAGCCCGAGGCCCAGGAAGAGGAGGACGACCGCGACCCCGCGGACUUCUCCGCCUUCAUCCGCAAGCCCGGCGGCCCACGCAGCGCCCCCGCCGCGCCCCCGCAGCCCUCCAAGCCGGACCCCCUGGCCAAGCUGCCUGACAGCGGCAAGCCCGUGACGAUCCUCUUCGGCACCGAGUUCGGCUUCUCCCAGGAGAUCGCCGAGAAGCUCCAGGAGCGUCUCCUCGACGCCGGCGGCUACCUCCCGCGCGUGGUCAACAUGGCGGACCACCCCGACGGCUUGCAGGAGCUCGCGCAGCAGCGUGCGGUCGUGGUGUGUUGCUCCACGCAGGGCGACGGCGUGCCGCCGAGCGAGGCGCGGCCGUUCGUGGACUGGCUCGACGCGUGCGAGGCGUCCCUCGCGGACACGAGCUUCUCCGUCCUGGCGCUCGGGGACUCGAACUACACGCACUUUUGCCGCUGCGGCAAGAACAUCGACGCGCGCCUCGAGGCGAUGGGCGGCGCGCGGUUCGCGCCGCGCGUCGACGUGGACAAGGAGGACUGGGGCGCGGUGAACGGCUGGAUCGACGUGGUCGUCGCCGGCCUGCCCGCGCUGGGCAUCGAGGAGCAGACCAAGUCGGAUGUGUUCGGCGACGCGAUGGCCGGGGACGGCGAGGGGAAGCCGGUGCGGUACUCGAAGAACAACCCGUACGUCGCGAAGGUCGCGUCGCUCGCGGAGCUGUGCGCCGUGUCGGACCGCAGCGUCGACAAGGAGUGUACGUUGCUGAGUAUCGACCUGGGGGACUCUGGGCUGGAAUACACCCCCGGGGACGCGGUGGGGAUCCUGCCGCUGAACGACCCGGGCGCGGUGGACGACCUGCUGGACGCGUGGGGCAUGAGCGGCGAGACGCUCGUCGAGCGGCCGGCGUUUGACUCCUCCGGGGGCGUCGACUCGUUCGUGACGCUGCGGGAGGCCCUGACGCGGCUGUACGACAUCCGCACGCCCAAGCCCGCCAUCUUCGACGUGCUCAAGAAGGCGCUGCUGGACUCGGGCGUCGACGUGCACCACACCAACGGCCACACCAACGGGCACACCAACGGGCACACCAACGGCCACGCCAACGGCCACACGAACGGGCACGCCAACGGCGAGUCCAUGAUCUCGGUCAGCAUGGACUCUUCGGACGACAAGACGCUGUCCGCGGCCGUGCAGCUCGCGCAGCUCAGCAGCCUCGCCGCCAGCGAGGGCGCGCAGGUGACGUACCUCGAGCCCCGCCACGUGGUCGACAUCCUCGAGGAGUUCUCCGCGGCGCGCCCGCUCGCGCCCGGCACGCUGCUCGGCGCGCUGCGCCAGCUGCAGCCCCGCCUGUACUCCAUCUCGACCUCCCAGCGCGAGGCCGCCAACGUCGUCGGCGCCACGAUCGCGACGGUGCGGUACGAGGCGCUCGGGAAGCCGCGCGGCGGCGUGUGCUCGACGUGGGCCGCGGACCGCCUCAAGCCCGGCGACCCCGUCCAGGUCUACAUUUCGAAGAACCCGGAUUUCCGACUGCCGAAGGACCCGAAGACCCCUAUCAUCAUGGUCGGGCCCGGGACGGGCCUCGCGCCGUUCCGGGCGUUCCUCCAGGAGCGGCGGCUGUCGGGCGAGGCCGAUCACGGCCCCGCGAUGCUGUUCUUCGGCUGCCGGCGCCGCAACCAGGACUUUUUGUACAGAGAGGAGCUCGAGGCGUGGGCCGCGGAGGGCGCUCUGGAGCUGCACACGGCGUUCUCGCGGGAGCCCGGGGCGCCCAAGGUAUACGUGCAGCAGCGGCUGCUGGAGCAGGGGGAGCGCGUGUGGGCGAUGCUGGAGCACGGCGCGCACUUUUACAUUUGUGGCGACGCGGCGCAGAUGGCGGGGCAGGUGGAGGCGGCGCUGCUGGAGGUGAUCGGCGCGGGGCAGGGCAAGGGCGCGGCGGCAGCGAAGGAGUACCUCGACGCGAUGAGCGCGGCCGGGCGCUACGAGAAGGAUGUGUGGUACUGA